AAAAUUCAUAUCUCCUUAUCCCAACCAGCUAUAACUAACAUCAUGACUCCCCACAAAUUUACCACCGAGCCCAUAGUGGAGACCAGCGAGACAGAGUCGUUCUCUUCCGAGCAGAGCAAGCGAAAGGCCGAAGGCUCAGGCCAAACAUCGCCAGAAAUGGACCCUCAGGACGACAUUUCGUUGGAUGCCCUCUUCGGAGAGCUCAGCAAAGAAACCAAAAAGAACCUUGGCCAGGUGCUAGAGGAGGACGAGAGUGAAGACGAAGAAGAGAGUAGCGAGUUUUCCAAGAUAAAAAAGUCCAUCGAAGCGUUGCCCAAGAUCGAAUCGAACUUGGAGAAGAACAUACAAGAUCAGGUGCAAAACCAGAAAGCCAAGAAGAAGGACGUGGUCAGAAUCAACGAUCCUAUCGUGGCCAAGGUCAAAGUCAACAAGGACGAGCCUACGGAUGCUGGAGCCAAGUGGUACAACAUGAAGCAGCCUGAGAUGACCCCCGAGUUGAAGAGAGACUUGUUGAUCAUCAAACACAGAAGCGCAUUGGACCCAAAGAGACACUACAAAAAGGACAAGUGGGAGGUGCCCAAGUACUUCCAGGUGGGAACCAUCAUCGAAGGCAACACCGAGUUCUAUUCGGGUAGAAUGAACAGAAGAGACAGAGGAAACACCUUGGUGGAAGAGGUGUUGAAGGACGACGAGACCAACAAGUACUUUAAAAGAAAGUACUCUGAGAUCCAGGACAGCAAGAGAAGCGGCAAGAAGGGUUACUACAAGAAGGUGCUCGAAAAGAGGCGGAAGUUUUAGGACAGCAUCCAUAAUGCAUGAUACAAUUUUAAUUGCAUUCAUUUCUGGAAUAAAAAGUGUUAUUAAAUGAAUUUUAUUCCCUUAUAAAUUCACCGGAGUUUUGGUAAAGCGACCUCCAUAAUGCAUAUAGUAAUGAGCACAUUAUUCUAUCGAUAUCUAGAAGUUGGAAGAGAUCUCAACUUCAAUGUAGGAAGAACGUAGUUUGCAAUCUGAUUGCCAGGGCGGAAAUAAUAUGGAAUAAAAUUCAAAAAG